AUGGCCUCCCCCGCCAACGACCCCGAGCUCCUGUCCUUCAUUCAGGAAUUCUGGGCUGGCCGCCUGCCGCACAGUGCAAUCUACCAGCUCGUCCUCUCAGAUGUCAAGUUCACGCAUGCGUCAAAGGGCGUUGUAAGAGCGCGUCUGACCCUGACCAAGAAUCAUGUCAAUUCUCAUGGAGGUAUACAUGGUUCGACGUCAGCCACGAUCAUCGACUGGGUAGGCGGCAUCGCCAUUGCGGCGUGGGACAAGCGCUCCAAGAUCGGCGUCAGUACCGACAUCCACGUCACGUACCAGAGCUCGGCGAGGGAAGGCGAUGAGAUCGAGAUCGAGGGCGUAGCGACCAAGGUUGGCGGGACCUUGGCAUUCACAAGAUGCAGCAUCUAUAAGGUUGUGGAUGGGGAGCGGGGCGCUGUCAUUGCGGAGGGCAGCCACACCAAGUUUGUCAAGGUCUGA